AUGCAAAUAUCAAGCUACAUAUGGAAGCGGUCAAUAUUAUGGCAGAAAGCAAAUCUGAUUUACUGCAUAAUUCUAACAAUUAUACGCUUUCAUGCAACACAUUCUUCACACAACCCAGAUAUAAACUUAAGAGAAAAAAAAUCCUAUUUUGUAGCGGUGAUAGUUAUUGAAGAUGACGAAUAUAACUUAUCAUCCAGUUUGAAUCAUGGUCUGUCUUCAUAUACCAUGUCUGAUGCCACAAAUUACAAAGCAAAGCUCAUAACAAGAGCGCUGAUACGGAUGAACGCAAAUACUAAUGACUUUUGUCAAAUACCCCGGGCGGGUGGUUUGUCAUAUGAUGUUGGACGUUUGGGCGAAGCUUGGAAUUAUGAUUCUAAUUCACAUGGUCAUGUAGAUUUAGGAAUUUGA